AUGGCAUUGCGCGAGCUGCCGUUCCGCACCGCGGCUGCCCUGUGCAAAGAUACUAGACCUGCUGUUCGCGUGGCCGAGCCGCUGUUCCGCCGCAAUGCCUCGUCUGAGGCAGCGCGAGAAGUCGAAUCUUCAUCAUCGCUCGAGGUGCCACCGCCAUCAGAGGAGCUCGUCAAGGGCUACGAUCCAUUGGCGCGAAGUAGGCUGAGGAGAAGAGGAAAUAAGGAACUCCCACCGAGCAGAUACCAAUACCGUUCGCCCAAGUACUACCGCGGCCCUCUCCACCCCCAUCAGCCUCCGCCUGAGUCUGAUCCAUCGUCACGACUGUUCCAGCCCGGGCCGUUCAGUCUUCCCCGCCUGGAGCAGACCUACCAGAGCACGAUAGCUGCCGACCUCCUGACCCUCACAUACCAGCACUACCCCCCUGGCUAUCGAGCCCCGAAAACAGACCAAAGAUUGCGACAAUGGACCGGCGACUCACCGUACUACAAGAACCGACCCCUGCGACCGCCGCGAGGCAAGGGUGAAGUGCUACGACUGCUCAACGAGCCGCGCACCUUCCGCAACAUCCCCAAGAUCACCAAGGUUACACUCCACUCCAUGGUUCCGGAAGCGCAGGAGAACAGCGCGCACAUGCACGUUGCUGGUAUGAUCCUGCAAGCAAUCACCAACGUGCGUGCAGUAUCACAUAAGGCGAGGCACAACGUUGUCGGGUGGGGGUUGCGUCAGGGCAGAUACGUAUCCGUGACCUCAACCAUGGAGCGAGAAGAUGCCCAAGAUUUUCUGGCAAAACUCAUUGAUGUUGUAUUGCCUAAGAUCAAGGAAUGGAAGGGCGUACCUGGUUCCUCGGGAGACGGCCACGGUAAUAUGAGCUUCGGCCUCACCCCAGAUCAGCUUGCCCUCUUUCCAGAGAUCGAGGUCAAUUACGAUGCCUACCCACCCAAGAUGAUCCCAGGUUGCCACAUCACCAUCGAAACCGACGCCACGAGCAACAAGGAUGCACGUCUACUCCUUCAAGCGAUCGGUUUGCCGUUCUAUGGCAAGCUCAAUGACUGA